AUGUCCACAGGCGUGGACAUUGGUAAAAUCGGUAUAAAAAAUAGUUUAUUCAGUGACAAUGUUGAAAAACUCACAAAGUUGAAGGAAAAUGCCGGAAACAUACCAUGGUUUUAUGAGUGGGUAGUUGGAAUCGAUCUAUUUGCUGAUGAACUAGGAUAUCCCUAUUGUCCAUUUGUGACAUCUCCAUUUAUCGAAUACAUAAAAGAAAUACGAGAUCGCAGACAAAAUGGCACACAAAAUAAAUAUUCUCAGUUCGGCGUACGUGUUCACUGCGGUGAAAAUGUUCAAUAUGCCGAUGAUGACACGCCAGCAUAUCGAUCGUUUGUCGCUCAUAUGUACAUUGUCUUUUGCUGUCUACGCUUCUUACGAUACAAACUUGACUACGGUAUUCGAAUUGAUCAUGGUAUAGCUUUUGAGCGGAUUCUCGGUGAUAGCAUGAGCUCAUCAAUGCAUCGAAAAUCGUCUGUACUUCGAGCAGAAAUGCGUCAUCAAGCUUCCCAACUAUUUGAGAAUAUAGCUUUCGAAGUCAAUAUUACUAGUAAUGAAUACUUACUGAACGAUAAUUUACGUCAAGGAAAUUAUGCGCGAACUCAUUGUCUCGAUGAAUUAUUCAAGUUGAAAGCACCCAUCAUUCUUGCUACCGAUGAUGAUGGAAUAUGGCCGAUCGAUCGGUGUUCAGUCGUUCAUCCUGGUCAUCAUUCAUUAACUGCAGAAUACUGUCGAGCGAUUUCGUCUUCUCUAUUUGCAACACCUAAAGAACUCCAGCGGAUUUUUGACAAUAGCAAGAACUUUUGCUUCUUCGAUAUGGGAGGCAUGCUGCCAACAAUACCAUAUAGUUUUCCAAUGGAUCGUGCUAGUAACAAUGCCGUAAUUCUACAUCCUGAUAUUGUAAAACAUAUUCUUCGUCGAUUGAAACAUACUCGUCGAGUGAAAGAAAUUCAUAAAUUGCUAAAAGAACGUCAGAUUUUUACCGAAAAUGAAAAUAUUAAAUUGUCAGAAGAAUACAGGUGUCGACUGGAUAACAUUAAGAAAUUGGACGAAAAUCGACAGGCGGAAGAAAAACUAAAUGAUAAAUUCAAACAAGCAGAGAGUCAGAAAGAAAUUCAUCCACAGGAAAAAAUUCGUUCAUUAAAAGAACAACAAAUUCUUCUAUUGCAACAAAUUAGUGGAGCAAACGAACAGAAAGUUGCAGAAGGACCUUUUUACACAAAAUACAAUCCAGAUUAUCAAAACAUCCCGGAUGACUACAAUAUCGAGGAUGAUAUUCUGUGGGAAAAAGAAUAUAAGCCAAUGGCACAAGUAGCUUACGUUUGCUCCUGUAUCAAAGACGAUUUAAUCGAUAAUGAAAAAGUCGAUAUUCUACAAGAAUAUCGUAAAUUGUUCAAGCAUGAUGCAAAAGGCAAGCAAUUCCAGUACAUCAACGAAUACUGGAAAUUGAUACACGAUAAAUUUAUGAAACCUGACGAUGAAAACAAACAGUCGAAAAAGUAUCGUCAUGUCUUAAUAUUUCCACCAAGUUCGUCAUUAACCAGUUAUCCAACGUCAGUUAAUACAACAAAUGAUACAAGAGCAUAUAUUUCACCAGUAUACGAGAAAAGUAACUCUUUUUCUGCAGAAAAUUUUGGAGUAGAGUUUGUAGAAGCCCAACAGGGACAAUCAUUGACAAUUUAUAUUUAUCCUGGACACAUGAAUACUGAUAAAUCGAAAGAGUGUUGGAAAGAUGCCUUGGAGAGGCGUGGUUUGAAAAACAUACGUGUAUUUAUUUACACGAAUAAUGAUAAAAACAAAUUUACAUAUAUCGAAUCUGGCAAUUCGCUAAUACUUCAAGUGAAUCCAAAUGCUACCAGACGCGAUAAAGAUGAAAAACAAUUUCUAUACGCGUUAUGUCCUCGCGCUUGCGCAGCAACAGCUGCUCUUCAUUUUAUUGCCAAAGCCAUUAAUCCGAGUUUUCACAAUUCGAUAGUACAAGAUUUUGUCUCAACAUCCGGCAACAUUGCUUCUAAUGAUGCACCUUAUGAAGAAAUUCAGGUGAAAGAAUCGACAUCUGAAGGGGCUAAUGUCCAACUAGUACAACUAGGAGAAACAGAAGUGAACCAAAAGCCCUCACAUGGGCCGGUUGCUACUGGUCUGAAGACAACGUCCUUGGAGGCUUAA